ACUGUUGUCGUGACGUCAGCGGCGGAAGGCGGAAGUAUCAAAGUGGCUUUUGCGCUGCAACGUAUUCUCUCCUACUUUAUUUUCAUCAAUUGUCGAAUGCUUUAAUAACUUCAAUUUGUCACCCUCAGGCGCCAUCCAGAUGAAGGUAAUACGCCACUCUGUGGAGACUCUACAAACAGCCUUGGUUUCGACUUGUAAGGAUUUAAUAGAGCUUUACAGAACGUACAGUAAACAAGAACAACGUCUUUUAGAAGAAGGAGUCCACCCAGGGCGGCUUGGUUCUCUUUUCCAGCCCAUUACAGUGCAUUCAGACUCAGACUGGAUCCCCUCUCACCCAGAGGAGCCUCAAGACUUUGAGAGAUUUUUCAGAGAUCCUCAUAGAAAGACCCUCAAUGCAAGAUGUAGUACUAUUUACAUUCAGACCAUAGGGUCUUUUGGUGACACGGGACCCCAAACAGAGCAGUAUGUAGAAUGGCUGAGACAAUACUGCCAAGCCUUCUUCUACGGGCUGCCUGUUUGUUUGUUACCAGCCGUCUCUGUUGCUCAAACAGGAUGCUCUUUCAGGAUUAACCACAACACCGAAAACCUUCAGUUACUCACUGGUGACCUGCUGCAAUUUUUGUGGAAUCGGAAACCAAAAGAUGCAUUCUGUGUUGUUGGAAUCACAAUGAUCGACCUCUACCCUCGAGACUCCUGGAAUUUUGUUUUUGGACAAGCCUCUCUGACUAAGGGAAUUGGUGUUUUCAGCUUUGCCAGGUAUGAUGACAGCUUUUACACUACAAGUUAUGCAGGAAGGCUGAAGAAACAACCAAAGCAGGGGGACUACUCUUCCUUUGAUGCACAUUACACUCCUCCCAUCACCAGUAUCCUCCUGCUCCGAUCCUGCAAGGUUGUUAAACCCAUCCCCCUGCCCCUCUCCACAAAAUGCUGUUCCUCUCAUUCACUUCAACAAAUAUGUAUAAUUUCUCUGCAGACAAUGACGCAUGAGAUCGGACACAUGUUUGGAAUAAAGCAUUGCCAGUGGCUCUGCUGUGUCAUGCAGGGCUCCAACCACCUGGAGGAGUCAGACCGUCGGCCCUUGGAUCUCUGUCCCGUCUGCCUACGCAAACUUCAGGUCUCAGUGGGGUUUAACAUAGCUGAGAGAUACACGGCCUUACUGCACUGGAUGGAAGAGAAACCAAGUCGAGAAAGAGAGGAAGUGCCUGUUCCCAAACCUACUGAAGCCUUUCAGGCAUCCAAACUGUGGUUGCAGAGAUGCCAAAGGAUACUGCAAGUCAAUGAACGGUUUGAACUAGGAUGGUGGAGCUGGUCAGUGAGUGGGUCCGAGCGGCUGACGCAAUGCUCUCAGCGGGUGGCUCCGGGCUCCGGAUCUCGCCGGCUGACCAAUGAGACUCCAAUCAACGCUCGGCCACACUGUGUGUUUCAGCACAAAAUGCUGGAGGGAUUCACACCUCUGCUUUUGUGCGGGAUGUUGCUGUGCGGCCUGUUCUUCCACCUGGUGUCUGAGCAGGGAGCUGGGUUUAAAAAGCUCAAUAAAAAGCCCAACUUCAUUGUCAUACUGGCUGAUGAUAUAGGAUGGGGUGACUUGGACAUCAACAACCCCGAAGAGAGAACAAACAAUACACCCAAUCUCAACCUGAUGGCCCAGCAAGGACUGAGAUUGUCAGACUUCCACUCUCCGGCCUCAACCUGCUCCCCAUCCCGUGCUUCCAUCCUGACAGGCCGCUAUGGACUCAGGAACGGAGUUACUCAUAAUUUUGCUGUGGGCUCUGUGGGCGGACUGCCUCUGUCCGAAGUCACCUUGCCACAGCUCCUACAGAAGGCAGGUUACUACACCGCCAUGAUUGGGAAAUGGCAUCUCGGCCAUAAUGGGCCAUAUGGUCCUACAAAAAGAGGUUUUGACUACUAUUUAGGCGUUCCCUACAGUAAUGACAUGGGAUGUACUGACGCACCAGGAUAUAAUCUUCCCCAGUGCCUCCCUUGUGAUUCAUGUGGACUUCAGAUAUUAAGAUCAAGGAGGAGUAUAAACGGGGGCUGUUAUUACCAAGUGGGCCUUCCUCUGAUGGAAAACAGCAGUAUCGUGGAGCAGCCCCUUAACCUAUGGACGCUUACGGCACAGUACCAGUCCGCUGCACUCAGGAUUAUGCACGAGAUGAGAGAACGAGGCCAGCCUUAUUUUUUAUACAUAGCAUUAGCUCACAUGCAUGUACCCUUGGCACCACCACUUUCUCCUGAAACACCCACCACCACCAGCCAUUCCCUAUCUGACCGCCUAUUGUAUGCUGCUAGCCUGAGAGAAAUGGAUGGCUUUGUGGGGGCGAUCAGGAGUGCUUCGCACACUGGCGACACUCUCAUAUGGUUCACUGGUGACAAUGGUCCUUGGGAGCAGAAAUGCCAGUAUGCAGGAAGUACAGGUCCAUUCAAAGGAAAGUGGCAGACAAAAAGAGGUGGGGGCUCAGCUAAGAAGACCACUUGGGAAGGAGGACAUAGGGUCCCAACCGUGGCCUACUGGCCUGGUAUGAUCCCUGCAAACUCCACCAGCUCCGCGCUGCUCAGUGGUAUGGACAUCUUCCCAACCCUUUUGUCCCUGGCAGGGGUGAUGCCACCCUCAGACAGGCGUUAUGAUGGGAUUGAUGCCACAGGAGUCCUCCUGCAUGGUGAACAGACUGGUCACAAGGUCCUCUUCCACCCAAACAGUGGUGGUGCAGGGCAGUUUGGUGACUUGCAAGCAGUAAGGGCUGGGACAUACAAAGCUCUCUACAUGACAGGCGCAGCUCAAGCAUGUGGCGGUGACACAGGAACACAGGAGUUCCACAACCCACCAUUAAUAUUUGAUUUGGAGAAUGACAAGGCUGAGGAAACGCCCUUAAAGGUCGGGACGCGUGAAUACCAGGUGUUAGCUGAGAGGGUUGCCCUCUGGAAGGAGGAGUUACUAUGGGACAUCGCCACCGACCAGUCUGUGUCUGCAGCCGACUACUCAACAAAUGACUCUGCGGCGCCUUGCUGCAACUCGAUGCGGCCUGUUUGCCGUUGCCUCAUGCGGGGCUGACGGUGGGAAGAGAAACAAAAGUGUACUUUGGAUGUGUGCUCAGCAAUUGGUGACUCCUGUGCUGUUUGGCAGGUGCAAUGUCCAGGUGGGGACGUGCACACAAAUCAAAGAGAAGCCAACAAAAGGUCAGAGAGUAGCGGUUGUUUGUGAGAUCAAUAAGGCAAAGAGAAAAUAUUUGUGUAGCAAUUUGUGAUUUGAAGAGAAAAACGUCAUUUGUGCCUCACAUGACAAUCAUAUACUAUAUAGUAAUAAUAAUGGUUAAAAAAAACAAACUCAGGACAACCUGUGAAUAAAUUCUGAAUCAACUUUAGUGAUUCUUCAUUGCCAGUAUGGUACAGCUUAAUGUAGUGUAAGGUGUACUAACAGCGCCACCUUUUGGCAUAAUUAUUGUAUUACACGUGUUAUAUACACACACUUUGCACAGAGUAAUAAAAAAAAAAUCUUCAAAAUAUAGUUAUGCAAUGUCAGUUUGCGUUAAUGCUUUCCCCCCAUAGUAAAAAUAAACAUGACAACAUAUUCAGCAUCAUGUCGUAAAUAGUCUCAGGGUAUCGGUGAAAUUCAAGGACUUGUGCACGAACAAGAAAUUCACAUUUAUGCAUUACCUCCUUCACUCAUCUUACAUUGGUGAGUAUGCAAGUUGCCUCUACCACGAACAGAAUUAGUAUCACAACUGCAGCCUCAAGUCACAUAAUACUUUAAAAGUGGAGGAUUUCAAUGCCGUCAUGUGGAAUACUCUCAUUCUGAGGUGAUGGUAACUAAAACUGUGGAGCUCUGUUCAUAAAAAAAAAGCCCUCACCAUAGAUUUGAAUUACACUCUUUGAAAGGAGCCUUUUGAGUAGAAAUAUAAAAAACAAGACAUCUUAUUUUGAGAUUAGAUGUAAUGACCUCUACUGAGGAGGUUUUCACACGCUUCCUUUGGUUUGUUUUCAGCAGGAUUACACAAAAAGCUACCAUAAUUCGCAACCUUUGUGCUGUAAGGUGUAGCACGGGCCUGCUAAUUAAUGAGCAAUGGUACGCACGCUAAAGCGUACAUGUCUACUGGAUGGACUUCAAGAAGGUACAGCAAUGACAUUUCAAGAAGGAGCCUUUUUUUUUUUUUUUUUUUUUUUUUUUUUACCUUAUAAUGCUC